AUGGGGUCGACGUUCGUCACCGUGCGAGAGGUGCAGCGCGAACUCGAACAAUUGGGUCGAGAAGACAUCGACGAUGACGUCGUGGCGCGAUACCUCGUCGAACGACGACGACGCGGACGAGGAGACGGUGAAGAAAACGGCGGACGAGCGCGCGCGAAGGAUGCGCGUGAGGUGGAUUUCGAUUUUGAAUUGAGUGAUGAGGACGACGACGGGCGACGACCGACGGGUGCGACCGCUCGGUGUGGAUCGUUUGCGGUGGCGACGCCGAUGGAUAGGCCGCCGUGGAACGGGGACGCGUUUGAGACGGUGAACGCGCCGUCGCGACGGUUUCACGCCGACGCGCUACCGCGGAGGAAGCAUCGUGACGCGACGACGAGCGCGAUCGAUGGGAGAUGCGAAGACGGUCAAAUAGAUGUAGUGCGGGUGGGUGCGAUGUAUAGGCAGGCGUGGGAGAACGCUCCCGAUGUCGUCAGGGAUGAGCGGCGGCCAAAGAUUGGCUUCGCGCAAAAAUUCGCCGAAGAGCACGCGAAGGAAAACGCUCAGAGGAAUCGACUCCUCGGUGGCAGGCGUCGAUAUAACUAUUAG